UGCGCUUCUGUUCCAACAGUUAAACUCGAAACAGUAAAACCUCUUGUUUUUGUCAAAUAGAUCUGAAAAAUCUUAGGUAAAAUCACGCAUCACGAUCCGCACCUUAAAAUUAUAAAUAUACUCGUAAAUUUGCCGAGGUGGUGAAUCUGGUAUCUUAAAAUCUUGAAACGAUCGAAUAAAAGAAUGAGCCAAAGCAAAAAAGCAUCGGAACGUGCAUCGCAAAAGCAAGAAGGUACUGACGGGGAGUAUGAAGAGGACGCGAAGGAAUCUGGUCGUAAAUCUGAGGAUCCUCGUUCAACCAAGAUUACCGAUCUCGUCUACAAGUACUUAGACACGAGUAAUUCCCAGGGUUCUCUCGACGAAGUCAGCCCUCAAAGCAGCACUUCCGGUGCGGAUGAUCGAGUCGGAAUGGCUUCUGAUAAGAAACGUGCCAGGAAGCAACGGGAAGGCAGUAAGUUCACGGAUAAAUAUAUACGGGAUGCCUUAGCCUUUGGAAUUCGCUCAGGCUGUUUGAUACCCGUGGAUUCGAAUUGCCGUGUACUUCGAGUUUCUUCGGCUCUGGCGAACGUCAAAGAUCGUAGAGGUGGCGUGAGUGCGAAUGAACGAUCGCUAGCGCGUCAAAAGAGCCAACACGACUCGCAGUCUUCAGCCAAAGGCGAAAUCCAAGACGCAGGAAGACGCAGAAGACGGAGCAAGAGACGGCGCUCGAGGUCGAGGAGUCGCUCUUCAAGAAGAAGAAAAGUACGUCGACGUAGCUCAAGAAGCCACGAGGAUAGCCGAGCCAAGUCGCCUGAUGCUGUAUCAAAACCGAAAAAAGUACCAGUUGCUAAGAGGACAGAAGAUCCCGAAGAGCCGGACGACUAUGAAGCUUAUAGUGGUGAUGAGGAUAACGACUCGAAAAAAAAUUCAAACUCAAACAGUAAUGACGGAAAGAAGGGAAAAACUGGAAAUUCAAGUCAUCCGAACAAAGAUACAAAUGACACCAACGAUAACGAAGUUGAUGAAUAUAUCUCGGAUAAUUCAGUCGAUGAAGACGUAUCGGAUGACGAUGAAGAUAAAAAAGAUUAAUUUUUAACGUUAGAAUCGAGUGAUAUCAGGAAAGAAAUUUAAUUAAUUUAAUAAUCAUACUGUAUGUCCCUUUACUUUCACUCGCUCCUUUGAUCGUGAUAAUAUUCAUAUUCGUAAUAUUUCCCCGAAAAAAAGCAGGAAUUCGUGUAGCGUGUGUGAUCGUGAUUUAACGUAUCGUUGAAAGAACGGUUCUGUGUGUCAGCUUAAAAUAUUUAAAAAACAAACAACAACUGUCCCCCGAAUCGCGAAAGAAAUUUAACAACUUAUUCUGAUGUGAAUAAAAAAAAAUAGCGUCUACUUCAAAGUUCAUUUUUUACUUGAACCAAUUUUUCAUUCUAUCAGAUCGAAUUAAGAGUUUCAAUGUUCCAAGUAUCAUGUACAAAAGCAUCAGCACGUUAUUAAACUUCACACCCUUCGCUCGUCCCAUAAUUUCACACUGACACUCGAGUGAUAUCGAUGGACAUAUACAUCACGGUUGAUAAAAAGUACAGUAAGAAGGAAUCGAA